AUGGAGUCGCUGCUGCCCAACAGCUACGAACAGUACAAGAACGAUACUUCAGUGUUCAUGACAUGGCUCGCACAAGCAGCACAGAGAUGUGGAUACGAACUCCCUGGAAAGGCCCGGAACAAAACGAAGCAACCCUCAGACGUCUAUGAGAAAGGCUCACAGGCUUCAACAACCGAGCGGCAUGCUCUUCCUGUCAAAGAGAUAUCGGUACAAGCAGAAGCUGUUGCCAACGCGAAGACGCCUCAAGUCAAGCCCCCGGCAAGCAUUCUUCAAGCGGCUCAACGAGCGAUCAAUACGAGAACAAGAUUCGCCGCCUGUUUCAGUGAGAUGGGCAUUGAGUUCCAGGCAGAUGAAAGCCACAGACACUUCAUUGGAGUCUUACAACAUGCUUUAGAUCUAUUACGCGGAUGUCUCAGCGAUGGCCCGCGUAAACCCAAGGUUGCCCACGAUUCUCCCAACGUACGCGACGAUAUCACCAAUCGAUUCGAUGUCCUUGACGUGGAGGACUGCGAUGAUGCGGGGGACACAGCGACAGACUCCCAACACGAUUCGUCCAAGGCCGUGUCACCAGACCAAAGCGGCACUCCAAUCAUCGUUCUGGAUCUCAGUAGCGAAGUCGACAUGCUCAUCGACAUGAAGACUCGAGCUUUUUGCUUUUUCGAUGAUCUACACUCUAUGCAAGGACGGUUGCAAGAGGUGUGGAACGAUUACAAGAACGGCACGAUAGACCUGACAACUGCGGCAAUGACCACCAAUGCUGCCAUUUCGCUGGUUGAGCAGGCGGAACGCGAGCUGGCCAUGGCAUGGCCGUCGCUGGAGCGGCUAAGAAGCGUAGCCCUUGGACAGUUUAACAUUCUUCCCAAGGCGUCAUAUCAAGGCCUGGUAUUGCAAUUUCGACCUGAAAUACACUCCUGUUGCACCAUACCAGAGCUCGCCGAUCCUACGGCAUCUCUUAGCCCUCUUGGCGAUUACAUCUAUGCCGAUACCUGGUGGACUCUGAUGAAGUACGCGAGGCAAAGCGAGGAGGAGUUCUCGGUUUGGCCACGUAUUCCAAGCUUGCGCAUGGCAUAUCAGGAUUAUUUUCUACUGUUCCCCGCUCCGAGGAGCUUCGAAGAAGUCAUCCACCAUGAGAAAUUCCCGCGAAGAGAGCGGGAGGACGAGUGGCUCACUCAGCUGCUCAUGGAUACCUUGUACAACAAGCGUCUCACGGAAAGCUUCGUCUCGAUGAAGUUCCCCCGACUCGAUGUUAUGGAUGAGUUUUCACGAGCGAUGAGCGCAUUGGAAGAAGGCGAAACCAUCACACUACGCAUGAUCUUUGCAGCGACUAUUAUGAAGGAUAUCCACCGAGUACUCGGCCACAGUACAAGCCAAGCCUAUUCGAAGCUUCAACAGAUGGUGAAGCAGUGUCACGAAGCAGUGAAGGACUCGAACCCAGACCCAAGAGUGCGCCGUGGAACUGGACCUCACUGGCUGACAAACGAUGUCAAGUUCAUCACUGGCAUCUUCGAUUUCGUCAACUUCAUAGACAACUGGGGCCUGUCGGGUGGCAAAGCGCACAGAUUGCAAGAUCUUGCACCCUCGCAUUUCGACUAUCCACUCGAUGGUAUCAAGGAAGGAAUUCCUCUCGGCUUCGCACGGUUCAUGGAAAGUUCAACGUGCGAGUUGAACGUUGAAAGCACUUCUCUGAUGUGGGUAUCUUUCGUCAAGAAAUGCAACGAGAGCGGGAUCUAUUAUGUCCGGCCUGCAAAGGACCUGGAAUUUGCCUUCAAGGGCAACCCCCUCCUCUGCGGAACGAUGGCGUUCAAUUUCGCGAUCUUGAAAGAGCAAGCCGGGGUCUCACUGGCGAACCAUCACCUGUCCAUCCUCCACACCACCCAUCUCUACAACGCACUGCGCCAGAAGAGUCUUUUACAGGGCAUUUGGCCGGAUAUCGAGCAUUUGACCGACACGCACCUCAAGCCACUAUUCUUCGGCGCGCGGCCGACCACGCCAGAAGACAUCUUCAAACGGUUCCACCUGCGGCUAGGGUUUCCCGCCCAUCUGCUCAAAGCCCUAUCUGGAUCCCGCACGGCGCCUCGGCAAUGGGGCAACUAUCUCGUCGAGGGGCGUGGCGGCGAUGGCACUAACCAGGCCAAAAAGGGCCCCACGCCGUCGUGUCUGGCCAUCAACACGUGCUCCGAGACCUUUGUGCAGUUCUUCGAAGGAGAGAGUAGUCUGAUCCGCACUUUACACGCCGCGGACCGCCUCAUGCGGAAGCACACGAAGAACACGAGCUUGGAUCCUGGACAGUUCCUGGCACAAUUUCCGGGGUGGAUCGAGGAGACCAUGGCUCCGUCGUCGAUUGACUACAUCGGCCUCACGCGGACUUGCAACGGGCUGCUCAAGUCUUUGCUGGAUAGCGGGAAGAUUGAUAUGCACACGCCCAAGCUGCGAAGGCCGGGAGUGGGCGCUGCGAACUCGAACAACCCGUUCCUGGUGCAGCUGACACACCAGAUACUGUGGGAGGACAAGGAGAGGCAGCUCGCGGAGCCGGGGUUGAAGCGCAAGGGGCGGGUCAUCUUGAACAAAAGCGAUAUUCAGAUUGCGGGUGAGUUUGUGCAGGAGUGGCUGAAGGGGAGGAAGUUGCUGGAAACGGACCCGGUUACGUAGGAUGGGAGUAUUAAGCGGGAGUCUUGGGCGGACUGGACUGCUAAACCAGGUAUAUUAGAGCAGAGGUCGAGGAAUUGGACAUAAAAAGAGACAAAGCUUUUUGGUAGUCUCUUAGAAUAUAUACAGAUAUUCAGGCUGCGGUGAUGAGAGACGACGAUGAAGGCCCCGUCAAAGUAUAUAUGCUUUUCAUGUCAUGAACAUUAGGCCAAACUUCCGCCAUGGCCAAUGUUAGAAUAACC